UUAUAAGGAAGAAAUUUUUUACACAUACAUCAUUGGUUACCUUUAAUUCACAUUGCAUGCAAUGGAUUUCCUAAGGUCUAUUCUACUUUCUUGCUUCCUGGUAAUGUUAAUAAAAUGCAAUUAUUGCUCUUCUGACUCAGUUUCAACAAACCUUGGGCAAGAUAUAUCUUUUGUGUCUUAUCAAACAGAUAAAAAUCAAAGUGUUACAAUCAAAAUCCCACGAGGACCUACUCAAGGAGGUGGAGUGACAUACAUCAGAUGGGGAAGGUCAUGCUGUCCUUCACCAGCAAGAUCAAUUUAUGUGGGCUACGUAGCUGGCCCAUUUUAUAAUGAGUGGGGAUCUGCUGCUAGUCGUCUUUGUUUGCCUACCGAACCACAAUACCCGAGUAAUGAAAAAAUAGAUCCUGCAUGGGCCGUAUCUUAUCUAGACGGGGCAGAAUAUGAAACACAUGCUCCAGGCAAAGCUAUAUUUAGAAAAGAUUUGCAAAACAAAAAUGUUCCUUGUGCAGUUUGUUUUGCACCUCAAAAAACAGCUAAGCUUAUGAUACCAGCUAAAAUAUCUUGUCCAGAAUCGUGGACUAGAGAAUACUAUGGAUAUCUAAUGACAUCAUUCCGUGACCAUGUCAACAAUCAAUACUAUGAGUGUGUUGAUGUUGAUGCUAUUGGCAUUGAUAAUACAACACCUAAUCAUGACGGUACUUUGUUCUACUUUACUGAAGCAAGGUGUGAAAAUCAUGGGCUUCCAUGUGGUCCAUAUGUUAAUCAGCAGGCUCUCACUUGUGCUGUGUGUACUAAGUGAAUAACAUUUCUACAUGAAACAUUUUGAUAAUAGCCAAGAUAGUUAAAAUAUUUUUCAGUA